AUGAAGUUCUUCAUUAUUUUUUUGUUUUUUAUUGUAACUCUGGUGAAAUCUCAUACGGAUGUAGCUGAUACGGAUGUGGCUCAUACAGAUAUAGCUGUCUUACAAGAUUACAAUAAAUGGACAACAACUGUACGUAGUUUAUUAGAUAAUAAUACACUUUCCACCGAGUGUUCAAAGCAGUUUGACGAACUGUUUAAGAAUGGGCAGGCUGAUCUUUGGAACUUUUUCGAUGCCACUUCCAAGUUUCCUUGGAGUGGACUUGCCGUUGGCUCGUAUGCUGAUUUUGGAAAUUAUCCACAAUGCAUGCAAAUAAAUCAUAUUUACUCAGGAGGAAGAAUAAAGGGAAAAUACUGUUUAUUUGGAUUAGUGAUACCAUCCUUGACAGCGAAUUUUAACAAUAUUAAUUUGGAUGAUUUCUUCAAACUAUCGGUAUGCAUACCAGACGCUUGUUCUGCAGAUGAUUUCAAUAAAAUAAUUAUUUUACCUUUAUUUAACGAUCAAAAUUGUCAUACGCAAGAUGAUGUAGAUAGAUAUACUCCAGGAGACAAAGCUAUACUAUUAACUCCAGCUUUGGCUAUGGUAUAUUUUUUCCAAACCACAAUAAUCAAACAUAUGAAUGACACUCCUGUUUAUUAUGCACUCAACCAAGCAGUCAUUAAAACUUGUCAUACACAUUGGUUAUCAUUCUUUUUCUAUCUUCAAAAUUAUAUUAACUACGAUGAUGUUUUCAAACUAUGGUGUGCAUUUUUUAUAGUAACACUGGGUUUCUCAUUUAUUUGGACUUUAAGUUUUGAGUCUCCUCUUGUAAUAGUAGAAAAAUAUGUAUUUGGAGGAAGGGCAUCUCCUAAGAAAGCAAGACAAAGUAAUAAUAAUAGAACUGCAAAGAAUCAUUUGCAAGAAAAGAGCGACGAGAAUAAUUUGAUAAAUAAUGUUCAGAGAUCAAGUGAUGAACUUCCUAAAAAUAUUUAG